AUGCUUCUAAUUGCAGUUGAUGUAAAAUGGUCAGCAUCUCUUCGUAGUCGUCCGGCUUUACCUUUGUGGUUACAUUUAAUGCCAUCUCGACAUAAACCUCUCGGAUACUUAUAUGGUACUGCGGUGACACCUCUCAAUCAAGUCGUUAUUCAUGUUAUUGCUCGGCGCUUGGAUAACUACGAUAAGGCAGAACAAUUCAUCACAAUAUUUUUGAACGAUAAUGAGAGGUAUAAUAACACAACGCAGCAGUUCGCCGAGGUUUACGUGAAAAACUAUGAUCCUGAAGAUCUCAUGAUUGAUCGUACUGGAAUUGUCAAUCGACUGAAACAAUCGCUAAAAGAAUCAUUCAGAGGCAAAUCGCUGAACCCUUACAUAUUCCAGAUUUUGCCCGCCGGUAAUGCGCCACCAGAAACAUCCCAUUUUGAUCCAAAACAUAAAGUUGGAAGCAUUAUUCGAGUUGGUACCCAGAGUCGUUUUCACGUGAACGUACUGAACUUGGAACGUGGCUUGCAAAGAAACCCACAGUACUGCAACCGGAAUCCACUUGUGCCACUCGACAAGUUUUUCGCGCCAGUUUUCGAAAUAAACUGGUGUAAUUUCCAUGUGAGGAAUGUAACGACACUAACAAUCCACAGCAAUGACGAAUGGCUGGAAAGACGGACAAUAAAAAUUAUAAGACCGGAUGCGCGCACUGUACACACUCCGUACUUUCGCGAGGACUUGCCCACUCAACCUCUGCUGACUGCCGAAACACCGGUGAUACACACUCGAUACUACUUCUGGGAAUCGUUCCUGAUGUUUCCGAUGCUGGGUGUAUGUUGCAUAUUGUUACUCAUUCUGCUGAGCCUCAUUUUCUUUGGACGACGCGAAGGCCAGCACUGGAGAGAUUAUAAAACACCAAAAAGGCAACUGGAGGAAUAUGCCAGUGUACGCGACAGUCAGCGUCACUUGCGGGAGCUUUCCAUGCAGCGGCAAAUGCUUCUGAUGGCUUCCGACCGGGCACAACCACACACGCCAAUGGGUUUGCUUUUGCCUCAUUUCCUUCGUUAA